AUCUUCGUUAUCACGACAACAGCACCCACAAAAGUCUUGUACUGGAAGCAAAAUAACAGCAUGUCACUACCCAAAACCUUUGAUCUCAAAGCCGCGGAUGGCAAGACCAUUGCCAUGCCCUCAGUAGGAUAUGGAACUUGGGCUUCGGGCGGACAUGGCUGGGCGAAGGACGCCGUGCUUGAGGCGCUAAAGGCUGGCUACAGACAUCUUGAUUGUGCGUGGAUGUAUGGCGUCGACGAAGAAAUCGGAGCAGCUCUCAAAGAAUCUGGUAUCCCUCGAUCAGAAAUCUUCAUAACCUCCAAGUUCUGGCCUCACUUUGGAGCUCCGGAGAACAUUGAAGUGUGUCUUGACAUGGUACUCAAGCAGAUGGGUCUGGAUUACAUCGAUCUUUGGCUCGCUCACUGGCCAUAUGUGGCGAAGCCUGUGUCGAGAGAGGUCCUUCUCAAUUUGAAGGGUCCAGAGGGAGGAGAGCACGGUAAUGGAAUGCUGAAGGAUGACGGCAAACCUGUCGUUGACUGGGAGCAUACCUCGACGAACAUUUGCAAGCAAGCUGGCAAGGAAGGCUCAUUCGUACCCACCUGGAACGCCAUGAGAGCGCUUGUUCGCUCCGGCAAGACUCGCGCCAUCGGUCUCUCCAACUUCUCCGUCGCCGAGCUGGCAGAUAUCAUCCCGCACGCUUCCGACGUGCCCAUUUCCUGCAACCAGAUCGAAGUGCACCCAUGGCUUCCACAGACUGAGCUCGUUGACUUUGGAAAGAAGAACGGCAUCCUCACCACUUGCUACUCUCCCUUCGCCGGCCAGAAAGCCGACGGUGCGACGCUCUUGAAAGACGAGAAGAUUCUUGAGCUGGCGAAGAAGAACGAUAUGGAUGUUGGUCAACUGCUUCAGAGCUGGGCUGUUGGACGAGGCACGGUGCCACUAGGCAAGAGCGCUACUCCAAGCAGGAUCAAGAGCAAUUUGGCGAUUAGGAAAUUGAGCGAGGAGGACACAAAGGCGAUUGAUGCUCUCGCUCAGCCUGGAGACUCCGGGAGGACAGUUGACUUUCGGGAGACUUGGGGAGUGCCGUUGUUUAAGAACUGAAUGACCGGAUUUCACAGUGUCCACGGAGCUCACGGUCCUGCCAUAGAUUAGACUUACCAUCAAUAAUGGCAUGAAAUGUAGAGUUCCUCCGU